AUGUCUGCCAUCGACAGCUCCUCACCUUCUGUCAUCAUGGACGAAAAGGACCCACCAAGGGGUCCUCUCCUCGAGCGCCGCCAGCAGCUGACGGAUGCGCUGGCUUCAUCGCCGUACGAUUUGAUUCUCUACCUGGAACGAGCCGUGGUCUACUCCCACCUCGCCUAUCCGGAUCUAGCUGCCGCCGAUGCAUAUCGUUCCCUUCUGUUGGCCGACGAGGUUCGCGACGAGAGCUUCGAGUACCACGACCAAGCAAAGGCGACUCUGCAAGGCUACAAGACCACGCCCUGUCCUGAAGUGCUCAAUCAUGGCUCCCUCGUGCAAGACUUUGACCGGCUCGUCGAUGGUGCUGGCGCCGAGGCCGCCGGCGAGUACAAUAUACUGGCAAAUCUCGUCACGGUCCGUUGCUUUCAAAUCCUCUCGCUCAGUCUCCUGCUAUGCGGCUGCCUAAAGAGCGCACUCAGCUUCUGCGAAAGGGGUAUCAACAUGGUGCCCCAUAACAGGGAACUCCGGGAGAUCAAGGGUUAUAUCGAGCAGGUUGCUAGACGAAGGCUGCGGAAAGGCCCCGACGCACCCAUCGAAAUCAACAGCCUACCAGAUCGUGGUGCCGUACGCAGAGAAGUCUAUCCCUGGAACACGCACGAGCCCGAUCGCUUCUCCGAGGACUCCUUAUCCUUUCUGAACGCGCGGCUUUCGCAAAUGGCGCCCAAGUGCGAGGUCAAAGUCUCGGCUCUUCCGGUCCUGCUCGACGGUGAGAGCAAUACGGACGGGUACGACAUUAUCCCAACAUGCAACCAACUUGGCCUCUUCGCAAAGGAAGACAUCGCGCCUGGAGAGACCGUUCUGGAGGAGUAUUCGCUACUUACGGCCAAUAACCGUCAUAAGGAGUCAAACUGCGACGCAUGCGGCACCGAACUUCCGCCCCUAGACAGCAACUCUAAGGCGGUGAGCUGCCCCGAGUGCUACGACACAAUAUUUUGCGACGAGUUCUGCUUCACCAAGGCCCAGGAGCAGUACCACCCUGCAGUCUGCGAUAAGGAUGUCGACUCCAUCGCAAAGGACCCCGAUGCCGGCGACAUUGACCAAUCCCUUUAUCUCUUGCUCCUGGCACGCCUCCUUGCCAUGUCGACACAUCAAGGGAUUCAUCCCCUAGAAGUAGAUGAGAUCAAGUACAUCUGGGGCGACUUUGUGGACAGCAGUUCAAACGACGUGGACGGCUCCAUCACGGACGAGCCGCCACCCGAGUGGACGCUCCCUUUCUCGUUCAAGUACAACAUCGAGAUACCGCUGCACAUACUCGAAAAGAUGGACAUUGACAUCUUCGCCACCCUUGACAAGCACGACCUUUGGGUCUUCAACACGGCCUACGCCAAGUUCCGCGGUACCGCCUCGGCGAGGAAGAACCCGCGCGACCAACGCCCAGACGUCGCCGCCGUGCACCCUUUCUGGUGCCUGGCCAACCACGACUGCAAUCCCAACGUCACUUGGGAGUGGGGCGGGCGUAUGGUGCUGUGGGCGCGCGAGACGAGGGUCGUGGGGAAUCAGCCGGGCGGGAUCAAAGCCGGGGAGGAGGUUCUCAAUCAUUACUGUGAUGUGAACCUGCCGGUUCAGCAGCGGAGGGAAUGGGCUCUGGGCAGUCUGGGUGGGUGGUGCAUGUGUAAGCGGUGUCGGGACGAGGCGGGGAGGGCUGCGAAUGGAGUCAAGGGGGAUGGGCCUCCUUCUUGA